GCAAAACUGUAUAAACUGUUGCGCUGGAAAUUCUCAACACGAGGAAUUUCAGUUGAUUUCAGACCGUGUUUUCAGACGGAACGUCUCUUGUAUUAAACCAAAUCAAAAACAACAACAAACCAUUAAAAAUGGAACUGAAUAUGAGCUCACUAAACACAACAGCACCGGAAAAGGAAACGGCGAACAACACGUUGACGUUCGUCAUCGGUUUCGGCAUCUUAAUCCUGUUCCUGGUGAUGGGAAUCGCGGCCAGCGCCUUCCUCUGCCUGACCCUGAAAAAAGAUUCGUACCUGUGGGAGAGCGAGAUCAAUCGUCAGUUACAAGAACAAUCGAAUGAAAUCGGAGAGACGUUCAAGGAGCGCGACAAAUCAAUCGGCGACGACAAAAUUAAUGGACAGGAGUGCAGCCAAGUGUAGUGUUUAUCCCGACGGGGCUUUUUUGUCAGUAAUAAUGUUUGUCGGUUAAGGACGAUGUGUGUUUUUCAAUAUGCUUGUCUUGAUUCGUGGGGAUUUUAUUGGUUUCGUGGGGUGUGUGAGAUAUAAAGGUUGUUCAAUAUGGCUGCGACAUUGCGGACACACUGAAGUCGUGUGAAUUCAGCUUAACUGUCUUUAAUUAAUGUAAUUGACCGAGACAAAUAUAUUUUCAGUUCAGUCUACUGUAAAAUUAAUUAUAUUGAAUAAAUACAUAAUUAAUUAAAUUGAAAAAUUAAAUAAAAUUAAUAAUAAAAAAUGCCGCCAUCUGUUAAUUAGUAGUUGAAUUAGAAUAUAUGUCAAUCAAUAAUUUUUAAAAAAAUUACAUUUUUGAUCAAGUACUCCAUGUAAUCACUACUAUAACAAAAUAAAAUCAGUUUUAACCAAUCAAACGUGCAUUAAUAUGAUUUUUUAAGCAAGAGCAUUUAAACUUAUUUUUAAGCUUACCCUGUAAAAAAUGUUUGCCAGAAGAUUGUGAGAUUGGCCAGUCUAUGAAUCAAAGCCAGGACACGAUGGACCAGUCCCGGCCAGAGAACAGUUUCCACUAUCACAUGCACCACGUGUGCACGUGCCAAGGUGGAGGCAGUCCCUGCGCCGCGGUCCACUCGAUCUUUCCGCAGCCCCAAUACUAUCCGCACCCAGUGGGCUACCGCCCUCCGGUGCCGCAUCUGAUGCCGUUCCCGCCGGCCGCGCCGCGCCCCUACCUCCAGCAUUAUCAGUACACGCAGUUCAACGUGGGCGGCCAGUACCCGGUGCCGAUGGCGGUGCCGCAGGGUGUCUACGGGAACGUGACGCAGUCCCACGUAGCGGUCUCCCAGUCAGGCGCCGCAGAGAUGAUGUUGGCCGCCGCGCAGCGUGACAGGAGAGAUGCGCAGGAAGAGGACGAGGUCACGCCUCCGGCUAAUGAACUACUCCUACCUGAUAACUGCGAGGAGACGAUCAAUGAGAAUUUCGUCAAGUUUUUGGAGCGCAGCUGCUUGACGGCGGAACAGAUCGCUUACAGGAACAGGAAUCGGCCGUGCUUUAGAAACAUUCAAAAUUUAUGCAUCAGAACUCGUUCAGAAAUACUUAAACCAUGCACUACCGUUUCCAACAUCCACUCGCAAGGUAUUCCUUGGGCCACCAAAGACUUUAUAUACGCUUUUGUGCGUCUAACAAACUGCUGGCACAUCCUCAAAGGUUACUGGGAGAACAGAGACGGGUCGAGCUUGGGUAAAAUCGAAAAAGAACUUACGCCUGAGUUUAGAGCUUGCUAUUUGCGUUGGGAAAAAGAGACGAUCGAUCUUUCAGCCCAGUUGACAAGAAUCUUUUACAAUCUGGACACGAAUUUGAAUUCAUCGAGUACAAUGGGCGUUAAUGGUAAUAACACUCCACCACAGGAAGGAAUGCAUGUGAAUAUUUUAAAGAGUCCCGGUUCAGAAAUGGCGUUCAAAAAGCCCGGUGAUAGCGAAACUGCCACCACAUCGCCUGUGACUUCCAACAAUUCCAUUAAAAAUGUCAGAGGCAUUUUGCAUCUACCUUCCCUUCCUAGCGAGACCAUCGACCAAGUUAAGGGUUUCGGCGAUUUUUGCAAAGAGGAGGAGUUUUGCUCUGAAGAGGACGACAGAAGAUUGUACAUGAAACCAGGCAGUUACUACAUUCCGAAAAAGCCUAAUGAAAAUCACAGCCCUAGGGCCAUAGAAUUUUUGGGAACGGCCCAAAACAUCAACAAAGCAAACAACGUUAACGAGAAAUACUGGAUCAACGUCGGUAAUCGUAAGUCCGUCCCGAACAUGGAACCGAACCAGGACGAGUUCGACAAACAGGAUGCGACGGAACAGGAGUUGAACUUGUCGUCUCACAUCAACGUGCACGAAUGGUUAACCAACAACAAUUUUACGCAGUUCGGUACGGAUGUGGGCUCGCAGACUCAACGUCAGGAGAUGUGUCCUUUCUUCUUGGACCCCGGGGUGCAGUUCGAAGGUAUGGCGCCUCCGCCAAUGGAUGCCGAGCCCAAAUGUCAGAUAACGGUUUUGCAACGUAACCCGGCGGUGAGCGGCAACGGCAUCACCCCCAUACACGCUAGAAAGUUCAAAAAGAGGAAGGAGGUGGUCAUCGAGCCGCAACGUUGCUGCACCGUGUACGAGAACGAAAACGGGAUUACUGACAUUAGCACUGCUAUUUUGGAGAAGAUUGUUAUCGAUAUCAUGGAUGUAUUCCUGUCGGAUGGACUUUUCGCACAAACCAAAGUUUGUAGUGAGUUUUCUCCUUUGGCUGACAUGGAUAUGAUUUUGAAGAAAGUUAGGGGACAUGAUUAUAUUUAUGUUAACGAAGUUGUGAGAGAUUUACGCUACGUCAUUCACUAUUCAGCCUAUCUGUACAAACAUGUGGACAAUAAGGAAGCGAUAUUAAACCAUAAACUUGAUAUGUUGCUUAAGGAUAAUAUCCCCGAUGCCGAUUUUCAGGAUAUUAAGGGAGAUUUAAAGGAAGUUGUUGGUCCAAUAAGACUAAGAUUGAAUUAUGACCCUGAUGGAGAUUAUGUUUAAUGAACUUUGAUAUUUACACUAAUUUUAUACCAUUAGCGUUCACGUACCUAAGUACAAUUAAUUUCGAGUUUGACUCUUUGAAAUUACUGUAUUAAGGAAAAUAUAAGUUUUACUUAUAUAUCCAAUAUAUGUUAUUCAGACUGUUUUGAUUUCAUUCUGAUUAAGAAAUUAUUCAAAAACAUUGUUCAUUGUAUUAAUUAUAAAUCAUAGAUGAAUAUUAUUGUACAUUUUGGAUUUGUUAGGAAAUAUUGAAAUUUGGGUAUAAAAUAAAAAAUAUCAUUUCAUAAUAUUUUAUUUUAUAUUAUUUGUUAGUAUUUAGAUAAAUUAUCCAUAUUGUGCAUUCACUGUUUAAACUGUUCUAUAACUUCAACAAUAUCCUUUAUAAUUUUGGCAGUAUUAUUUUUUAAUAGGUAUUUACA